CCUGGAAUCAUGCCCGCCAGCUCUCCUCACGCGACAGAAUUGAGGCCGUCAAAACCAUCGCGAUGCUUGGCCGAUCGAGUGUUGCGGCCCCUCCAUGAGUCCAUCAGGCAUCAGGGGCCAACGCUCACUCAGCCUCACCACCAAGCCGGCGCCCACACGCGGGCACGUAUUCCCCCAUGUACGACCGUACGUUGCCCCGCACCAGCAAGGCGUUCUGAGCCCAGCCCUCAACAGCCAGCUUUGAGCCACCACUCAUACUGUACGAAGCAGAGACUAUGCAAAACGAUCCAAUGGGGGGGGGGGCUGUACGCAUCGAGGCACCGCCGAGACUCUGGAAUCCUUGACGACCAGCACCGUCGGUCGGCCUGAGUCACCUCCGAGUGACGGGCGGCCCGUGGGCCUGCCGUUGCAGGUUGGUUACCUCAUCUCGUAAUGUCGAGUCGACAUGGCAGGGCCACGCAUGCGGGCAGAGUCAGAUCAUGUUGGGCCAGCAGGAGCUGAACACAUAAAAGCCGCUUCUUUGCUCUGGCGAGUACGAUCUCCUCCAUUCUCCUCCGCAUUUACAGUUUGCUGAGUUGCUCGCAUUUGAUCAUCUUAGCUUAGUUGCGGCCAGUCUCUCUAGCCGGCCUGACCGAGUCUAAUUAGUCCCAAUGGCUACAGUCAGCGAAGGCGACCAGCGCGCCUGGUUCUUGCGAUCGACGUACCCUGUCGACUUUCCUGCACACGAGGCCCUGACCAAGUCGCGAUCCGACUUUGAUGGCUUCAUCGCCGCUGAACUGCGGCGGCGGCAUGAUGACACAGCCGCUACCCAGGAGACGCAACAUCCGGCAACGGGCGACGAUGAUACUUACACCCUCGUCAGCGCCGCCGAGACGACCACGGUGGAUCUCCAAAGAGAUUUGGAUGCCAUGCGGGUAAUUGAUGAUGACAACAAGCCCCAGGCCGACGACGAGCCGACAAGUCGCUUCAUGGACGGCCUCACCCGCCACGGCCAGCCUCCGGACAUGAAGAACAAGAUGUUGACCGAGAACAACGACGUCGCCUUCCGGUCCACAAAGGACGCCCUGGUCGACCUCUUUUCCGAGCUGGAGGCCGUCGUCUCCGGCCCCAGGCUGCGGGAGCUGCUUGAGGCCUCGUGGGCCGCGGACCCUCUGGCGACGCUCAAGAUCAUCUUCAACGCCCGGUCCAUCCACCUGGGCAAGAGCUCCCGACGGACCUUUUACCGCGCCGCCGGCUGGCUGUACCAGAACCACCCGCUGACGCUGGUUGCCAAUCUGCGGUGGCUGAGCCGUCCGGUCAUUGAGAAGAAGGCGGCCCCCAAGGACGCCGGGGACGAUGCCGUGCUCGUGGAGGCUCCCGCGGUUGUUGCUGUUGAUGAUGAUGUCGAUGAUGAUGAGCGCACAAAGUUUGAUGUCAAGCACGGGGUGGCGCACGGGUACUGGAAGGACUUGCUCAACAUCCUGGCGCUCGCUGUGAACGGGGAGCUACACGUCCUGGGAGACCCCCGCGACGUGCUGAACGUGGAGAACGAGGUGAUUGCGCGGACCAUGAAGCGGCGGAGAGACGUAUCCCCCUCUGCGUCGUCGAUGAAACGGAAGCGACGAGCCAACCGAAAGCGUUACGGAACCGCUCGUGGAAGAGGGGCUGCAGAAGAGGAAGAGCAGGAGACGGAGGAGAAGGCCGCGGCCAAGGGGGCGCAACAGGGGGCUGAGGAGCAAGAUACGGAGAAGAAAGCGGCGGCCAAGAAGACGCAGCAGGAAGUUGAGCACGAGCAACGUCAACAACGCCAUGAGAGGCGUCAGAAGCGACACGACGCAGCAGUGGAGGCCUUCAACACCGACGCCAGAUACCGGGCGCUUCACCUCACCGUGGCUCGUCUCUUUGCCGAGCAGCUCCAGGCAGACCUGGCUGCGCUGCGCGGCGACAGCUCCAAGGCCAAGAAGUCCAUCUCGCUGUGCGGCAAAUGGGCCCCCUCGCACGACCGCUUCCACGACAGGCUCACGUUUGUCACCAGCUCCAUCGCGGAAAUCAUGCACCCGCGCGCGUCGCUCGGCGAUGACGUGGUCGCCGCAACCGACGACCGCGAGACAUAUCUCAAGCACGCUCGGGAAGCGUACCGGCGAGACAUGUCUGCCCUCCGGGCACACCUGGACAUUGUAGAGCGGCACCUUAGCGAUGGCACGUACGGCCAGAUCAAGUAUGACCGGCUGCCCUCCGUGGCCAUGAACACUUACACGAGCCUGUUCGCCCAGAAGGAUUGGGAGCACUUUCAGCAGUACCUAGACAGCGUCGCGCAGGGAAAGAUGAGUAUAUCCGGCGCCACGCUGCUGCCGUCGACCCUCAUCAAGCAGGCGAGAACGCAGUGGCAGCCCAGGCAUGGCAUGUCCCGACAGGCCCUCAUGGAGCAGCAGAUGCUCAAGAUCAAGGCGCAGGUCGCCAACGGGCAGUGGAACACGCUCGUGCAGCGCAUCAAGGACUCGGGCGCCUUGUCGUCCAGCAUCGCCGUCUGCGACGUGUCCGGCAGCAUGGGGUCCCCGACCUUUCCCGACGGCACGACGCCCAUGGACUCGGCCAUCGGCCUGUCUUUGCUCGUUGCCGAGGUCACGGAGAAGCCCUUUGGAGGGGCGUUCAUCACCUUUAGCCAGAACCCGGAGGUGCAGCGAAUCGACCUCUCCAAGCCCCUUUCGGAGAAGCUCGAUGGCCUGGAGCGUGCGAAUUGGGACAUGAACACGGACUUUGUCGGCGUGUUCGAGCGGCUGAUCCUGCCGAUGGCGCUCGAGCACGGGCUCAAGCCCGAGGAGAUGGUGAAGCGCAUCUUCGUCUUUAGCGACAUGCAGUUCGACCAGGCCGACGUGCGAGAUGCCAGGUGGAGCACGUCGUACGAGCGCGUCAAGGGCAAGUUCGCGCAGGCGGGCUACGAGAUGCCGGAGCUGGUGUUUUGGAACCUCGCGGGUGGGCGGGCGGGCUACGGCUACGGCGGCGGCGGCGACGCGACGGCGCCCAAGCCGGUUACGGUCACGGACGAGGGCACGAGCUUGGUGAGCGGGUACUCGCAGGGUAUGCUCAAGGUGUUUCUGAAGGGGGGAUCGUUUGACGACGACCCGGAGGCUGAGGGGGAGGAGGAGGAGAAGGAGACGGAGACCAAGGACGAGACCACUAGCGCGGGUCUGGCUACGGUGAGCUCGCCGCUGGGCGACAAGGAACCUUCCGAGACGCCGAAGGAGGAGGAGAAGAAGAAGAAGGCCAAGAUGAACCCCCUGGCGACGGUCAAAAAGGCCAUCGGGCACAAGGCGUACGACAUGCUUGCGGUAAUGGACUAGACAUCGCGAUGCUGGCGUCUGUUUGUCCAGCGUAGGGGAGCCGAAAGCUUGGGGCGAGACCUUUUUCAUUUUCAUUAGUUGGUAAAUACCCAUACAAGCAAUUCACUUGACAAUGUGCUUCGGCGUCUGCUACGACAUGACGCUUUUCACUACUACCGAAAGAAUGCCCGUGUACCCGUGGGAUGAGAAGCCACGGAAUCUCUAGUCGCCGUCUCGCCGUGGCUGUGUUGCCUAAGGAAAAAGACGAUAAUGGCGUCUCCGCGUAUCCAUGUAUGAGUCGUCCCCCGCUCUGUCCACGAAGAAAAAACGCCCAACCCGCAGCAAAGGCACCUACCUACCUCUCUUUGUGAGAAUGUCCCGCCCCUCUCCCUCCUUAGAGGUGGGAGCCACUGUGCAUCGUCGAUUGUCGCGGCGGCCGGCAUCGACUCGACUUACCCCCGAGUCCCCAGAACGCGAGCCCGCCCAUCGUGCACCACCAUCUGUGAAUUUCCGAGGAUGGCGUCACUGGGUCUGUGGCCGCGUGUCGAUGGCCUCUGACACAUGCGUGGCCCAUCGCCGUCCGUGAUCUAUGUUACACGCAUGGCGUCACUGGCCGUUUAUGGGUGGACGGUACAUUCGCUGCAUCGUCCCUUGCGCACACAGUCUCUACGUCGUGUGUGAGAAGCAGGCAGCAAGCCAGAGGCAGCAGCAGCAGCAGCAGCAGC